GGCCUGUUUUUUUUCCUCUUAUUGGACGCCUACAUGCCGCUGAUGAGCAACGCAAAGGAGAGGAAGUACGCUGUCAUGGCCGACCUGGGAUUCUCAGUCGUGUGGACGUUCCUGUGGUUCGUGUGUUUCUGCCUCCUGACUAGCCAAUGGAGUCGUACGAUUGAUGUCAGAGGAAUCCCCAAGGACGCCGCCCGCUCCGCCAUUGCCUUCUCUUUCUUCUCUAUCGCCACCUGGGGAAUCCUAACCUACUUCGCUUUGGGGAGAUAUCGCCGUGGUGUUGCCGAUGUCACCCAGAGCAUCUAUGCCGAGUCUCCGCCGGAGCAGCACACCCCUUACCCUCCGACCUACGCCCCCUCGGCCUACACCCCCACCACAUACUCCCCGUACCCUUCCAGUGCGCCAGACGACUUCCAACAACCCCCCUUCACCCCCAGCACCAUCACCACCACCCAACCCCAGGGGGAAUACCAACCCCCCAACUACUGAGGGGCUCCGCGGUGAAGUUUCCCCUAGGUACAGGUCUAGGUCAGCUUCACUUUCCCCAUUCCUAACCUUAACCAUUAGUGGGGGAAAUGCAAACCUGACCCAAGAUCAGCAUCUAUGCCAAGGGGCAAUUUCACCACCUAUUACUGGGAUAGAAUUAUGGAGAAAGGAAGUGGAAGCUCCUUAUCACCAGACCUGGGUUCAAAAAAAAAAUGAAAUAUUUGUUUAGCUUUUGUCUGUCUGGAGUGCAAGGUGGGUGGGGUUUUCACUCUGUCAACGUUAAUAUUGGUUUAAUUUGCAACAGGGAAACUGGAUGAAAGCACAGACCGAUAAAAGUUUUUGAAAUGGUUUUAAAUAGUGUUUGAACACAGGUCUGCUUACUACUAAUUCAGUGGAUGAUGUGGUUAAAAGGAGACUUCUACCCUGAGACGGGGGCGCAGCUGAGGGGGAGGGGCAAAUGUCAAAUCCUGGUCACGUGACACUGGAGCUCACAUGAUUUGGGAUAUGUGAAAAACAGCCAAUGAGAGCUCUCGUGGGAGGGGCAAGUGCUUGCUUCAGCUAAUUAGUGUGCUUGUCUCCCCCCUCUCUGUUCAGAACUCUAGUCCCCUGCUUCUGUGCUCCAGAAGGAAGGAGAAUGUGUGUCUGUCAGAGGAGGCUGGUGGGAGGAAGAUAUAGGAGGACCUGCUCAUUGUAAUGGCUGGGAUGGAAUAAAUGGAAAGGUAUCAAAUAUGGAAACCACACAUUUGCAUCGGUUCCAUUUAUUUCAUUCCAGCCAUUAGUGAGCCGAUCCUCCUAUAUCUUCCUCCCACCAGCCUCCUCUGGUGUCUGUACAUACUAGAUAUUCAUAGUUGAAACGCCAAUUCUUUGAAUGGCUGUAGUGUCUUUUUUUAAACAUUUUAUCUUUUUGUUUCAAUUUAGCACAAUUAUCUUGAUGACAUGCAAGCACAAUGUUUUAUUCAAUGUCAAAGAAGUCUGCUUAUUUAAUUGACCAGUGUAUCAUGAGACUACUGAGUUCUACAGGAUAAAAGCCAAAUGCCCAA